GUUAGGUUACAUCCCGCUGCUCCCUUUUUUACUGUACUUUUAUUGAUUCCUUUGAAAAUAAAUUAAUAAAAAGUAAAAUAACUUAACACCAUAUUAGCUUUAUUUAUUUUAUCUUUUUAAGUUGGAUAAUUUCACAUUUUUCUAGGGUUGAAACCCAAGGAUAAAAAUGGCAUGCUAACAUUGCUAACUAUUAGCCAUAAAUAGUAUAGAAAAUUAGCAAGUCAAUAUGCCAAACUUUGGGGUCAGUGAAGAUGGCAACACUGUCAGAGCUUGAGAGGAAAAACGAGGGCAUAGACAAGGAGCUGAGAUCGAAAGUGAGAGAAAUCCUAGUGCUGGAAAGCGAGAUGGAGCAGCUGGAGCAGCAGACCAUGAUCCUUCAUGAUCGCUGUGUAUCCAUCAGCAAGGAAGACACAGAACUCCAGAUUCUGAUAGGCGAGGAGGAGGAGGUUGCACAAGUGGCGCUUGCAGGGUUCAACACUUACCGAAGUAAGAUGGAAGGCCACAGGGCAGCUGUUUUGCAUGCAGUGAGCCAGACAAAGGCCCAUAAUGAGCUGAAGGAGAAGAAAGAACUAGUACAGAUGCUGAGAAAGCAAAACGAGGAGCUGAAGGAAGAUUUGAACAAUCCAAAUGGAAACACAGUACAGAUGGCAAAGAAAGAGAUUAAAGCUCUGAAAGAGGAGGUCUCCCUGAAGAUGAAGACCAUAUCUGAGAAGAGAGAGCGGCUCCAAAAAGAGUUUGAGAUUCAUGCCCAAAUAAAGAAAGACAUAGAGAUCCAGAACAGGCGCUAUGAAGCCAUCAUGAAGCGCCUCCGCUGCCAGCUGAGCAGGGCACAAGCCAACCACAGGCAAAUGUCUGAUGAUAUCUACCACAUGAGGAGACAGCUAGCCGAGCUCAGGAGUCAGCAGCAGUCAUCACAACCAUAAGCAGCCAGUGGUCAUCGAACUGUAGUGUCAGAUUAAUGUGGGUUAAUUGUUCUGUUAUUGGAGUAAAUGUACACCAGUUGUUAUUAUGAGUGUGUUAGUUUAACAAGGAAGGAGCAUUCUUGUUACUGAAGUUAAACAACAGGGGGCAGCCGUGACCACUGAAUGUCUGACUUUAUCUGUUUGGCUUUAUCUGGCUGUUUAUGCCAGAUAUUUAUACAAGAGUUAUUGCUGAAUGUGUUCCUUGACAUGUGCAAGUUUUCUUUUCUUGUUUUUUCCCUUUUCUCAGAUGAAAAGCAUAAAUAUGGAAAUGAAAGGACAGUGUCUUGUGGCUCAGCAUCAGCAGGGGCGUGGGAUGGGAUUUUAGGUCAGGUGGUGUUAGUGAAUCAGUUCAUCCACAACAGUAACCCAAACAAAAUACAAGCCAAAUGUCUACUGUAACUGUCAGUGUGGCAGUGCUGCUUUGGUACACCCUGUCCCAGCUUCUGCCUCACUGGGCCACUUGACGGUUCUGAGGCGACAGUCCCACUGUCGGGUUAACAAGGGCGUGACUGUGCUACUUCAACCAUAACGCGAAACUAAUUAAAUAAUGAAGCUGCCUUUUCAGAAGAUGAAAUCACAUCAGAAUGAAUUGAAUCAACCUCUGAGAAAAGCCAUAACUUUAUAACUCUACACUUUUCACAUCUGAAUUGUGUCCUUGUGGGUCUUUUGCAUUAUUUGAACAGCUGUUAAACAAAGCUGAGAGAUGUUGCUGAGAGGUGGAUUUUUAUGAGCUAAAGACUAGAUUACAGCAAAUUUGAUUAAGACACAAAGCUUAAAUAGAAGAUUCUGUUCAGAGAUUUUUUAAAAAAAACAAAAACCCACGACGUUUUAGCAACAAAGAUAUUUGCAACAUUUAAGAACAAUUAUUUCACGAAAUAUAUGUGCAGAGGUUGUAGGUAUGUGUUGUCUCACCUACAGCUUUAACUUGUAAUAAGUAAGUGUGUAGGGAGUCUGGUUCAGUGUACGUGAAGUCAAGGACAUUUUCUGGUUAAUUAAAGGUUGAGUUUCAU